AUGGAGGCGCAGAUGCGCGUCGUGCUGCAUGCGUUCGCGCACCCCCACACGCUCGACGGGCGGCAGAAGGCGGUUGGCAUCAUCGCGCAAUACGAAGACCUGCAGCUCGACAAAGUGUUCGUGCAGAAGGCCCAGGGUCCGAACAACAUUCCUGAGCUCCUUCUCCCCAGCCCAAACGAGGUUAUUCUCCGCGCGAGCGAGCGUGAAGACCACGAGUGUUGCCUUUUUGAAGACAUCCAUGCACAGGGUGAUCUUCGGCAUGCCUCCUUAUCCACCUUCGUUGAUCGUAUCACUGCUCCGGGACCGCCACCAGACCUCGGUUGUCGGGCGCACGCUCAGCUCGACCUUGCAUUGUCGUCUCGUCUCAGUGACAAGGACAUCGAGUGCAUGGUUUCUGACGCUGAGCAGUACACUGAGACGGACAAGGUGUGCAUUUAA